UAUAUUAUAAAACACUUUCCUUGUUCUCAGGUUUCGAAGAUUUGAAGGAAGAGUUGAGGAGCGUACUGGGCGUCUACCAAGAUGAGGUGAACAACUACCAGACUCACGUAGAGUCCACCACCACCCAGAUUAACGCUGUAGAUACUGCCCAGAAUAACAGUAUAGAAGAAAUGAAGGAAGAGUUGAGGAGGCUGCAGGAAGUGCACGAGGAGGAGGUGAACAGCCUUAAGUCUCACAUCAACGCCCUUAGCACCCUCAUUAACAACAGUGUAGAGACUAUAAAUGAAGUAUUAGCGAGCAGGAUUGAUCACCAGCAGGAGGAGGCCAGCUCUAGCAGGUCACAGAUCAACUCUCUCACCACCCAGAUGAGAUCCAUGGAGAGGAAGGUUGAGCUAAACAGAUGGCUCACUCACAACGUCACAUAUUCCACUUCUUUCUCAUCCUGCAGUGGUCAUCAAGUGCUGACCACCAUGGUGGGGACUAUCGGCGUGACGACCACCGGGACCUACUCUAAUAAUGCCGACUGUUCAUGGCAAAUAAGUCUGGAACCUGGGACCAAAAUAUUAUUACGCUGGAGUUAUGUGGAGAUGGAAGGUUGCACUGACUUUGUGCAAGUGGCGGACGUUACUCGGUCAAAUGCACUAGUCUAUGGACAAAAGGUGUGUGGGUCUGUAGUUCCUCGAGACCAUAUCGUCAACAGUCAUAGUCUGAAGAUAACAUUCCACUCUGACCAUUCAGUUGUCUACCGAGGGUUUGCGAUGACUUAUGAAGCAGUGCCAACAAUAUAAGGUCUUCACCUAUAGGACUGCCACGUAACAACUUGUUUAUUUACUGUUUACCACAAACAUGUUUCUGGCUCUCAAGUGAAUUUGUUUUAACUCUAACAAGUUGUCAGUACCAGAAAAUAAGUCUCAACCUUUC